UUAUCGUUCUUCUUUGGCUCUCCGUUCCUCAGUAAUUAGGAUUUGCGUUUGGGUUCUGCAACAGAGAUGAUGAGGGGUUCAAGGAUGGCCGGUCAGCUGCUAAAGCAGGUUGGACCACGAUUCUUUUCCACGGCAACCCUAAACGAACCGGCUACUGAGAUUCUAACCGGAACUUCUAGUUUCUUCCAUACAACUACAACCGUCAUGCCAGCUCGAACCAGUGUGGCCUGGGUCAGGUUUCCAGCGGUUGGUGUACGGCAUGGAAGUACAUUGGCCUUACACAAGGAAGGGGAAGAAAAAGAAAUGAAAACCCGUUCUGCCGGGGGUGAACCGGAGGAGAAGGCGAUCACUAGCUACUGGGGCAUAGCUCCUUCCAAGAUUACUAAGGAGGAUGGCACGAAGUGGAAGUGGAGCUGCUUCAGGCCAUGGGAGACGUACAAAGCGAAUCUUUCGAUCGAUCUGAAGAAACACCACGUCCCAACUACUUUCUUGGAUAAAUUAGCUUACUGGACUGUCAAGGUUCUUCGAUACCCAACCGAUCUCUUUUUCCAGACACGAUACGGUUGCCGGGCUAUGAUGCUUGAAACAGUGGCAGCCGUGCCAGGUAUGGUUGGAGGAAUGCUUUUGCACUGCAAGUCUCUUAGGAAAUUCGAACACAGCGGAGGAUGGAUUAGAGCUCUUUUAGAAGAAGCAGAGAACGAACGAAUGCACCUCUUGACGUUCAUGGAGGUUUCUCAGCCAAGGUGGUAUGAACGAGCUCUUGUCUUCACAGUUCAAGGAGUGUUCUUCAAUGCUUACUUCUUGGGUUACAUGAUCUCUCCCAAGUUCGCUCACCGAGUCGUUGGAUACUUGGAAGAAGAAGCGAUUCACUCGUACACCGAGUUCUUGAAAGAACUUGAUAAGGGUAAUAUUGAGAAUGUACCAGCACCUGCAAUCGCCAUCGAUUACUGGCAGAUGCCACCGGACUCCACACUCCGUGAUGUCGUGAUAGUUGUGAGGGCUGAUGAGGCGCAUCAUCGUGACGUUAACCAUUUCGCAUCGGACAUACACUACCAAGGACAUGAACUAAAGGAAGCCCCUGCUCCACUUGGAUAUCACUAAAGUAUUGCUAUGGAAGGCCAACACCGAAUUUAGAAGGAAAAAAUUACACAGUAGAAUGGUUGAAGCAUU